AUGCUGAGCCUUGGAACCUUGGUCGCCAUCGCCGCCUCUGGCGCGGCUAUCUUUGUCGUCUCCUCGGUCUUCGUUAUCGUGGUCUGGGUCAGGAUUCGAAAGGAACGACAUGCACUUCGCGUGCUGGGACUCAAACAUGGACAAUAUACUCGCAGUAUAGGGCUUACGGGGGAUACAUUGACCGAGUUGUCGCAAGAAGAAGGCACUAUUUUGCGAGGCCAUGGAUUACCCUAUGGGAAACCUACAGAAUGGGGUCAACUGUCCUCUCGCGAAGCUCUAUUGCGAUCGAAGAAUGGGUCAGACUCGUCAUUUCCAUUGCUUGAGAAGGCAAGGUCAUUCCGCAAUUCGAUCUCCCGCUCCCGCUCCAAACGACUAUCAAGAUCUUCUCAUAAGCACAGCCGGAUGAGUUCUAUGGCAACUAUGAGCGAAUCGAUAAUUCACCAUAGUCCACCGUGGGGAUCAGAAUCAAGAGAAGAUAUUCCCCUCUCGGCUGUAGAGGGAGUGCUGGAAUUGCCUGCUGAACGAACACCUCGACAAACUCCGGAUUUGAGCCAUGAGGAGCCUGGCUUCCACUUGGGAAUGCGUCCCGUAUCGCCAUCCUGGCCUCUGCCCAGUCAAAAAGAGCGAUCUGGCCUGUUCCCUGUCUUGGAAAGCCGCAGUUCACAGGAGAUGUUUGACCCGCCACCAAGAAUCUUCGAAGAAUCGCCAUCCAGAGUACGAGGAGGAAGUCUUACAAGUCAGACUCCAGGGAGUGCACCCGACGGGCCCAUUCCUCCGCCACCUCCAACCGCUUUCCCACUUGACAGAAUGAGCUACAUGCGGAAUGAUUCAAUUAUGCGCCUGUCUUCCUUGAGCUUGGACACAACCAACAGUUCUAUCCUGGAUGAUGGUCGACAAAGACCCGUCGAUACCCAUAUGAUUUCACCCAUCUUUCCAUCCGGUGGAACCUCUGUCCCAUUCAGCGCCAAUGAUGUCGGCGUGAAGAAUGGUCUCCACAAAGACAUGGAUCAGUAUCAUCCAACCCUCAGCGCCAUGGAUCGGUAUCAUCCAACCCUCAACGCCAUGGAUCGGUAUCAUCCAACCCUCAACGCCAUGGAUCGGUAUCAUCCAACCCUCAACGCCAUGGAUCGGUAUCAUCUAACCCACAGCGCCAUGGCUCAGUAUCUUCCAACCCGCAAAGACAUGGAUCCGUUUCCUCCAAUCCUCAAAGGCACAGUUCGUUACGAAGUAGAACUGGUUCGAUUAAAAGCUAUCAAACCGGGCCUGUCAUCGACUGGAGACAUUCCAAUUCCUCCCUGUCUUUCGCUCCGCAUUUCAGUCAGUACCAGCAGCCCGCUAUUUGGGAAGGAGAACAUCGUGAUCUAG